AUGGGAAUAUUUACACCCAGCACCGACGAUUACUCAGAUCCUUUAAUAUCUCCAUUUACUGAAGCCAAAAUUAUUUUAGUUCCUGAACUUGAUUCCGAACAAAUGGAAGAAAUCAAAUAUUUCAAUACUCCUUUUUUCGUCAUUGAACUUCGACAACAAUUUUUACGAAGAGUUUAUGGAAUUUUAACAACUCAACUUUUAAUCACAAUGUUGGUCGUUUAUUGGCUUCUCAAAUCCUUCGACGCUACUUUGUGGAUCCGCGAGCAUUUGUGGGUUGUUUAUCUGAGCAUUUUUCUGACAUUUGCGUUGAUGCUCGUGCUCGCUUGUUGCCCGCACAUCGGGAGAUCUUUUCCGUGCAACUUUCUGCUCUUGGGACUCAUAACGGCAUGCAAGUGUCUCUUAAUUACCGUAAUUUGUUGGUAUUACCGCUUCGACGACAUCCUGCUGGCGAUGGGAGUGACACUCGUCGUUUUUGUCGUUUUGACACUUUUUGCCGUGCAAACGCGCUACGACUUGACGCUCCAUGCCAGUUUCCUGCUUAUCUUUUUCCUGUUACUCGCGAUUUGCGGCAUCGUUGGGAUUUUUUUCGAAAAUCACUUUUUUCACGUGGUUUAUGCGUCGCUCGUUGUGCUCGGCGUCGCCAUGGCAAUCGUUAUUGACACGCAAUUAAUGUUGAUUGGCAAGCAUUCGCAGUCAUUUGAGCCCGAAGAUUACGUGUUUGCUGCAUUGGUGCUGUACAGCGACAUCAUUACGCUGUUCGUUUAUGUGCUGCGACUCAUUGGAUUGCUGGGCAACGAUUCGACGAGUUAA